UCUGUCUUGUUGAGAUCACCUACACACAUACACACAUUUGUCUCAUCCAGCAAGCAAGAUGUCCUUUUCCAACUUCAUCUCCUCGGCUAUCGAGCAGGCGGCUAGCAACUAUGCUGGUGGCGGCAACAACAACAACAACAGUGAUAACAGUGGUAACGGGGGUUCGCACCACGGUCAGGGUCAAGGGCAGGGGGAGUAUAGCCAGGGUGGCUAUGGUGGUGAGCAGAGCUAUGGAGGCCAGCAGGGCUAUGGAGGGCAGCAGGGCUAUGGAGGCCAGCAAGGUGGUUAUGGAGGCCAGCAGCACCACCAGCAGGGUGGCUAUGGAGGCCAGCAGGGCUAUGGAGGUGAGCAGGGUGGUUAUGGAGGGCAGCAGGGCUAUGGAGGGCAGCAGGGCUAUGGUGGUGAGCAAGGUGGUUAUGGAGGCCAGCAGGGCUAUGGAGGCCAGCAGCACCACCAGCAGGGUGGUUACGGCGGCGGUGGCUAUGGUGGUGAGCAAGGUGGUUACGGCGGCGGCGGUGGCUAUGGCAACAACGAAGGCAGCUACGGCCACAACCCUCCCCACCAGAACCCCAAUUACGCCUCGCGCCCCAGCUACGAGGAUGUCGCGCAGGCCACCUCGCACGCGGAAUCCCACAGCGGCGGCACCGGCUCCUCCGACCUCUUCAACACGGCGCUGAACUACAUCACCAACCGCCACAGCAAGGGGGACGAGGACGAGGAGAUCGACGAGGCCCAGAUGGUGCAGUCCCACCAGGCCGUCUACAACGGGGGUAGCCAGCAGCAUGAUUCCCGCACUCUGGGCGCGGGCGCGGCGAUGCAGGCGCUGAAGAUGUUCUCGUCUGGCAGCUCGGGGGGCUCCGGUGGCAAGAAUGAGUUUAUUGGGCUGGCGAUGGCGCAGGCUAGUAAGCUGUGGGAGGAGAAGAGUUCGAGUGGACAGGCUUCCGGAGACAAGCAGUCCGCUAUCAACCAGGCCGCUGAGAUGGCGUUGAAGAUGUACAUGAAGAGUCAGGGCAGUGGGUCGAGUGGUACGGGGGGUCCUGCGGGUUUGCUGAGCUUGGCGAGUAAGUUUUUGUAAUGCUGCUAGGCACUUUCUGUGGGUGGUGUGUGGGUUGGUUGUUUGACUUGCUUACUGUUAUUUAAUGGACUCUACUGUUAUUCCAUGGACUGUUGAAUGUGGUUCUAGGUAGUGAUUGAUUGCCUUGUGAGGGUGUAGCUUCUGUAGCUUCCAGGUGGUUUACAUCCUAUAGCUUCAGUCCGAGCUAUACCUCCCAGGUAGACCUACUCGGUAUCUCAAAACUGCUAGAAUCCCUGCAAGGACAUGGUAAUUAUUAGCGUCACGCUAAACCCAGUCUCUCACACCAUGAAUUCCACUCAUUAGCU